UUGACUGGAGCUCCGCAGUAACUAACUCGCCGAGAAUAAACUGCGCUGUAGUGGCCCGACGAUCGUUUGUUAAGCACUGAGCCAGAGCGCUCACUUCAGCAGCGUUAAGGCUCUGUAGAAAGGCAGGAUGUCCAAUGACCUGGCCGGUGUGUGGGAGGUGGCGCUGAGUGAUGGAGUCCACAGGAUAGAGUUUGAACACGGCACGACCACCGGGAAGAGGGUCAUCUACGUUGAUGGAAAGGAGAUACUGAGACGGGACUGGAUGUUCAAACUUGUGGGGAAGGAGACGUUCAAUGUGGGCAAAUCGGAGACCAAAGCAACCAUCAACAUCGACGCAGUCAGUGGGUUCGCCUAUGAGUACACCUUGGAGAUCAACGGGAAGAGCUUGAAGAAGUACAUGGAGAACAGGUCGAAGGUCACCAGCACCUGGGUUCUCAACUUGGACGGCAUCGAUUGCAGGGUGGUCCUGGAGAAAGACACAAUGGAUGUUUGGUGUAACGGACAAAACAUUGAGACAGCAGGGGAGUUCGUGGACGACGGCACCGAAACGCACUUCUCACUCGGAGACCACAACUGCUGCGUGAAGGCCGUGAGCAGCGGGAAGAGGCGAGACGGCAUCAUCCACACGCUGCUGGUGGACGGCACGGAGAUAGCUGAGUGCACGGAGUGACGGCGUGCACUUGAGUUCAGAAUUUGUAUGAGAGCCAGGUUCUGGUUGGUGCGUGCGUGUGUGACAUGGUAGACGUGUAGAGUAGGAGUCAUUUUAAGCUAUUUGGAGUCGGGGACCAACUGCACAGAAAUGUGAGCUCAUAUGUAUCCAUGGCAAUGCUCUGGAGGGCAUAUUAACCAAAAAGGGUUGAUCUGUCAGUUGAAGGCCGGACCUGCAGUCUGGGCGGUUCCAGAAAAGAGGGUGCAGCCAUAACUUUCAGCCACAAAAAGGGAUUUACUGUCUCAAAGAGCAACUACACUGAAAACCUUUUUUGAGUUGGAAGAUGUUACUUUAUAUUGAUAUAAUAGUGUCAGUAAUAUGAUCAGCAUUAGAGGCCAGAUGUGCCAUAUUUAUCGAUCUCAGCCUGGCUCGGUUUGCCCCCGUGGUUGUCAACGUGAGCAGCUGGUAUUCUCUUAGGAGACACGUCCUGCACCCGUUGUCGUGUUUUGUAGAAAAAACAACCACACACCUACAGGUUACCAGAUAUCAACAGGCUCUCACCGCUCUCCGUGCUCACUUUCUUGUAUUUUCCAAUAUUAGGAGGAUUGAAUAUGAGGAAACAAUAAUAUUCCUCAAAUGUAGCUCAGGAGUGAUCUACGUUUAGUGCUGCGUUGACGUGUUACGAGGUCUUUGUGUGGCUGGGUCAGCUGGUAGAAUGCAGUAGUAUGAAGUCAGCUUUUAGCAGACUGCAAGGGUAACUCAAUCAUUCAGAAGUGGCAAUAUUGCCCGUCAUAAAUCAUACACACAGCUGAAAUAAAUCCCUCUCUGAUAUUCAAACAUACUCUGUCACACUCAAGAGAUGUGUGGGACUCUGUUGUGCUGUCAAAUUAUAAAUCUCUUUUUUUUUUUUUUUAAAUGUUAAGGCCAGAUUUUGUGGUCACACAGAUUCCAAAACAUUUUUAUAAAAUCGUGGUACAAAUUGAAUAUUGAAUGUUUUUCCAGUGUAUUUCAUAUGCUCGUUCACAUUCUGAGAGAGAGACGUUAACUUUGUAUGGAGCACUGGUCUAACCAGUGAAAACAAUUAAGUUAUGAGCAAUAGAAAAAAUGGACGGUCAAAAGUUAUCCGCUGAUGACAGUGAGGUGCAGCUAAAAGCUCGAAUAAAAGCUACUAAAUGGAUCUCAAAUCAAAGAUUUUUGUCUUUUUUUAAAGUUAUUUCCUAGCUGGUCAAGGAUGAACUUCAACACUCAAUAGAACAAUUGUGAAUGUGUUAUUAAGUAUGUAAGGGACAUCCCUUUAUGUCUGUAUUAUGUCCUGUUUAAAAGCUUAAUGUCAAUUUGUGUAUUUUAUCUUGUUUACGGUGACGUGUACACGUUUGUAAUAUGUAUUUAAUUUGAUUAAAUCCACGUAGCUGAU